AUUGGCGGGGCUGCCGCUUUGACAUCGAGGGUUUGAACAUGUCGCGCCUGCACCGAGUGGCCGGGCGCGAUCUCCGGAGAGCUGAGAAGGAUUGCGGUGUCUCAGUUCCUCAGGGACUGUUGAAGGCGGCAAGACAGAGCGGACAGUUAAACUUGUCUGGUCGGAAUCUCAGUGAAGUGCCUCAGUGUGUUUGGAGAAUAAAUGUGGAUAUCCCUGCAGAAGCGAAUCAGAACCUCUCAUUUGGUGCUACUGAAAGAUGGUGGGAACAAACGGAUUUGACCAAGUUAAUCAUAUCAAACAAUAAACUCCAGUCACUUACAGAUGACCUCCGGCUUUUGCCUGCACUGACUGUUCUUGAUAUACAUGACAAUCAACUGACAUCCCUUCCUCCUGCUAUAAGAGAGCUACAAAAUCUUCAGAAGCUUAAUGUCAGCCAUAACAAACUAGAAAUGCUCCCUGAAGAGAUGACACACCUAAGAAACUUGAAGGCCUUGUAUCUCCAGCAUAAUGCAUUAACUGAAAUACCAGAGGAAUUUGAGCAACUUUCCAAUUUAGAGGAUUUAGAUCUUUCGAACAAUCGUCUUAUAAGCAUUCCUGCUAGUUUUUCUUCUCUAUCCAGUCUAAUGCGACUCAAUCUUUCCAGUAACCAGUUGAAGAGUUUGCCAGCAGAAAUAAGUAGAAUGAAAAGAUUAAAGCACUUGGAUUGUAAUUGUAAUCUCUUGGAAACUAUACCUCCUGAAUUGGCUGGCAUGGAGUCAUUGGAAUUACUUUAUUUGCGGAGGAAUAAAUUACGUUUUCUACCUGAAUUUCCAUCUUGUAGACUAUUGAAGGAAUUACAUGUAGGUGAAAACCAGAUUGAAGUGUUAGGGGCAGAUCAUCUUAAGCAUCUGAAUUCUAUCCUUGUGCUAGACCUGAAGGAUAACAAGUUAAAAUCUGUUCCAAAUGAAAUUAUGCUACUACAUUCUUUGGAAAGGCUUGACCUAAGCAACAAUGAUAUUAGCAGUCUGCCCUAUUCAUUGGGAAACCUUCAUUUGAAAUUUUUGGCACUAGACGGAAAUCCUUUGAGAACUAUUCGAAGGGAAAUACUAAAUAAAGGAACUCAAGAAGUCCUCAAAUACCUAAGAAGCAAGAUCAGAGAUGAUGAACCAAGCCAGAGUGACGCUGGCACUGAGACUGCUAUGACAUUACCAAGUGAGUCCAGGGUCAAUGUACACUCCAUCAUCACACUAAAAUUAUUAGACUACAGUGAUAAGCAAACAGCUUUGAUUCCUAAUGAAGUAUUUGAUUCAGUGAAAAGCAACAUUAUCACUUCUAUUAACUUCAGUAAGAAUCAUCUAUCUGAAAUUCCAAAAAGGAUUGUGGAACUGAAGGAAAUGGUUUCUGAUGUCAACCUCAGUUUUAAUAAGCUCUCCUUUAUAUCCUCAGAGUUAUGUAUGCUUCAAAAAUUGACAUUUUUAGACCUGAGGAGUAAUUUUUUAAAUUCUUUGCCUGAAGAGAUGGAAUCAUUGACAAGAUUACAAACAAUCAAUCUGUCCUUUAAUAGGUUCAAAAUAUUCCCUGAAGUUCUGUAUCAUGUCUCCACACUAGAAACCAUUCUGAUUAGUAACAAUCAGGUUGGAUCUCUAGACCCUCAGAAAAUGAAGAUGAUGGAAAAUCUGAAUACGUUGGAUCUUCAAAAUAAUGAUCUCCUACAAAUUCCACCAGAGCUUGGAAACUGUGUGAGUCUAAGAACAUUGCUGCUAGAUGGAAAUCCAUUCCGUGUUCCUCGAGCAGCCAUAUUAAUGAAAGGAACAGCUGCUGUCCUGGAAUAUUUGAGAGACCGAAUUCCUACAAAUUAGUUGUUUCUUAAUCCUGGUUUUGUUGAUUUUUAGGAUGAGAGAACACUUUGUUUUAAUACCUUCCAAAAGGUAACAGCUAUAAUUGAUCUUACAGUUUCUUAGUAAUCACCUAGACAUUGAUAUAGUUGAGCUGUCUAUAAUCACUGCCAUUCAAAGUUCUUUAUUUACAACUAACAUUUUUCUGAAACGCCAUGUACAUUUAUAAUGGUAUUAAAUGAAUAGAGCCAUGUAAUUUCCAUACAUAUUGUUCUGAAUAUUUUACACAAGAGUUUUCCUACUCAAAUUCAUUCCCUUUUAACAUUGAAAAUACUGUUUUCAAAAGUAAAGUUUAUUUGAUGUGAUUUAAUAUUUUAUAGUAACAGCAUUUUUGUAGAUUUAUUUCAUUUUGUAUUCCAUAUGCUGUGACUAGUUGACUUGAAUAUGAAUGUCCAAUUUCUACCUUUUUAAUAGAAAUAAAAUCAAAAGGAAUUGCAUCUAAUGUUAUUCCUUGGGAUAAAAAAAACACUUAAAACUUUUCAGACCCAUGAUAACCCUUUUGUGAUAUGAUUAAUCUCAGUUCAAGUUGUGGGUUUUUUUGUUAUUGUUGAAGGUUUCUUUGUUGUUUUGUUUUCCAGCUAAGGUUCUAUGUGGCCCGCGCUGGCCUCUAAUGUGCAAUCUUCCUGCCUUAGCUUCCUGAGUUUAGGGUUACAACUUUGUGCCCUGCUCUCAGUAAAAGCUUUAAAUGAACAUUUACUGUCUUGAUGGGUUUUUUUGAUCGAGUUGAGAUUUUUGUUUGUCUAACCAUUUUGCCUUUUCCUUCCAUUUUAUGAAACCAUUUCAUCAGCAGUGCUUGCUUUAUAGAAAUGCUACUCAAGCUUCAGUUAUUGUAGAAAAUAGUGUUAUUGUAGGUGCUCUCACAAUUUUGAUGUUAAAACAAUAAUGUUUUUAAGUGUUAGUACUGUUUCCGAGGUGAUGUUCUAUUAUUUUUAAUUCUGGAGCUUCAAAGAGAUUGGAUCUCUCAGUGAAAGGGAGGGAGUGCAUUUAAGUGCUUUUUGUCUCUUACAACAAAAUAAAAUUGAAUACCUUAUCUCAUUAAUUGUGCAGAUAACAGAGACCAAUGCAUAGUCUAUACUAUAUAGAAGUCUCAAAAAGUCUUUUACUUUUCAUACAAAGCAGGUAUAUUUGUAUAUUUGCUUUUAUGAUAUACCUCUGGGUAGUUUUUAAUGAAGCUCUGUGCAGUUUUUUCUUUCUAGCACCUUAAUUUUGAGAUUUGUUUGCUGUUAUCAAGACUAAACUUGCAGUUAUAACGUUGCAAAAUGGAAUUGUAUGUAGAUUAACUUAAGUAAAACUCAAAUAUAAACAUCUUCAUGUAUCCCCAAAUUAUCUGAAUUACCAUAUGAUUCUAUUUGGUAGCCAAGGCAAUUGCAUGUAUAUCGAUACAUAGAUAGAUAGAUAGAUAGAUAGAUAGAUAGAUAGAUAGAAAUUUUUGGGUUGAGGCAUGCUUAUAUUAUGAAAAAUCAUUGUUAAUAAAGAUGCAUGUUCAUAAUAAAACCAGAGUUUUCAAAUAUUGAAUACAAGGUUGUUUUUGUUUGUAAAGAAACAUGUCUUUAUGUCUCAACUUUAAGAAGUCUACUUGAAUAGUAAAUCAAAGACACUUUACAAUAAGGUGACAUUUUAUUAUUUAUACAAUAAGGAGACUUUAUGUUAUUCAAAACACUUUUAAAUACUGAAAAAGUUGAGUACACCAAAGCCGAAAAAUGGCUCUGCUAUACACUGCACAGCUUUAUUUUAGUCCCUGUAUUUUGUAUCUGUACAGAAAGCAUCUUCAGAAUGCAUCCUCAUCACAUUGUACACCUUUACCCAGUAGUAUCAAUAUCAAUACAUAAAAUAAAACUGGAGAAUAUACUUGCAUUUGCAAAUUAAUCUCAGUGAUUCAGUAAAUUUAAAAUAUAGAUUCAUAGGACUUCUUUGCACAUAAAUGAAGCAGCUUUCAAGGUCAUUAUGUUCUCAUACUGCAAAAAAAACGCUAAGUACAUUCACAAUCUAUGUUAAUAAAGUAGUAAAUAUGUCUUCAUUCAGUUGUAUUUACAUCAAUAUGUAGUUUAACUAAAAAGUACUGUUAAGUCAUGAUAUAGUAGUCUUUUUAACACGUACAAAAAUGACAUUUUUAUAUAUAAUUUGAAGCUCAAAAUCACAAUUAUUUCAAAAUAUUAAUUACAAUACAGCCAUUUCAGUUAAACAUGUUAUGAUUUGAUUUUUUUUAUAAAAUGGUAAAACUUUAUUAAAGUAAGCAUUUUUUUAAUUGACUAGAGUACAUCCAAGUAGAAAAUCUUAAAUGUUAAGAGGUGUUUCCUGCCCCCUCCCACCCAAAUUUGUAUAUAGCCACCUAGGCUAGCAAAGAGACAGAAAAGGCCCCAAUUUAUAAAGAUUAAGCCUCUUUUGCUAUACUGCUGUGGCUUGUUGGUAUUUCCAUAAAAGCUUUACAAGGGAAGCAUCAAUAAACUAGUGGAAUGCAUGCAGUAAUAUACAAUAUGUCUAUGUAAAAAUGUCAGUGUUUACCAGUGCACAUUAAAAUGCUCACAAAGAUUGCAAAAGAAGUCAUAAAGAAGCUCUUUAUCUACCAAUCACAUAUUGUAAACUUGAAGAACUACAUGGUAAUGUAAUAGAAUUUCUUUGAACUCAUAUCCCAAUUCAAGUUUUCUCUGACUGAAAGAGCUGUUGUUUACUUGGCCUUAAGAUGUCACUGUUGUGCUGCACAUAUGGUAGUGAAGUUCUAUGCCACAAAAAGUAGAGAUGGUAAUAAUUUUACUAAAAUAGUAAUUCAAGUAAGCAUUACUACUUAGGAAUUUUUUUUAGCUUACAGGAGAGUGAAAUAUUUCACUAACUGACUUAUAUGACAUCAAAAUGGAAAACCUUUCUAUAUGU